AUGGAUGUCCUGAUCCUCAUAAUGCUGAAAGAACAUACCCUACAAGACAGGGGGACCAUUCCACUUGAUAACUCUAUCGAAGAUGUAGAUGUAGAUGUGGGUCACGUCGGAGGAUGCUUUAAUUGGGAAAGCAACGAUCAUCCGAUAAGCAUCAAGUGCCUUCCCCCGCCUGGGAGUCCAAGGGCAAUCAGCAUGGCAUCUAGUUCAGAGCAUCCUCAAACACCUACUUUUACAGACUUGAAUCUUACCUAUCCCCCGUCGCUAGAACAUUAUAACAUCCCAGCCGCUACGUGGCUGAUGAAGAAUGCUAAAUCAUGGGACGGUCUCGCUACGAGCGCCCUCGUCUUUUCGCCUUCGACUACUUGUAGUAAGAUUCUCCUCGUCCAGCGCACGGCGCAUGAUAGCAUGCCACUUCUAUGGGAGACGCCUGGGGGUGGGGUGGACCCAGACGACACAAGCCUACUGGUUGCCUGUGCGCGAGAGCUCUGGGAAGAGACAGGUCUUCAAGCUGUCGAAUUUGUGAGGGUUGUAAGUGAGGGGGUGAAUGAGGAACCUGGUAGCGUCUUUACAAAUCGCACUGGAACGAAGGUGUUUUGUCGGUUUGCAUUCGAGGUGAAGGUGCGAGGAGCGGUGGAGGGCGAGGAUGUAGAAGGCCGGAUAAGAACAGAUCCGGGCGAGCACUGCGAUUAUGUGUGGGCAUCUGAGGAGGAGGUCAGGGAGGGGCGCGCCGGACUGAAGGAGCUUCCUCUGGCGAAUGGGCAGAUGAAGAGAUUAAUCCUUGAUGGGUUUCGCAGGAGGACAUAG